AUGGACAAGGGAGAAACUGUUGUGGUGGAAGAAUUUGAUGAAGAUGACACUCAGCAAUCUGGUGGCGAGGACGGCUUGGAUGGAGAAGAUGGCUUGGGUGACAAAGACCAAUUGGAUGGCAAGGCCAAAUAUGAAGUGAUCAAGGCCAGGUUGGGUGGCAAGGAAUACACUGAUGACAAAGAUAAGACAGAAUAA